UCAUUUAUUACUAAUUACCGUUUUGCUUGGUGUUCAAACUGUAGUCGUUGGGAAAUUUUAAAAUGGCAGAGUAUCUCGCUUCGAUCUAUGGUACAGAGAAGGACAAAGUUAAUUGUUCUUUUUAUUUUAAAAUUGGAGCCUGUCGACAUGGAGAUCGUUGUAGCAGAAAACACGUUAAGCCUACUUUUUCACAAACAAUUCUUUGUUCUAAUAUCUAUCAAAAUCCCGCACAUGAUACUAAUUGUAAUAUGUCUGAAGAACAAAUUCAAGCGCAUUUUGACGAUUUUUACGAAGAUUUUUUUACUGAAUUGUGCAAAUACGGAGAAGUUGAAGAGAUGCAUGUAUGUGAUAACGUGGGUGAUCAUUUAAUCGGAAAUGUUUAUGCUCGGUUCAGAUACGAAGAAGAUGCUCAGAAGGCAGUAGAUAAUCUUAAUCAAAGAUUCUAUGCUGGACGACCUAUUUAUGCUGAACUUUCUCCAGUCACAGAUUUCCGAGAAGCAUGCUGUCGUCAAAAUGAAAACGCAGAAUGUACCAGAGGAGGAUUUUGUAAUUUUAUGCAUUUAAAGGAGGUAUCUAGAUAUUUAAAGAAAGAGCUUUUUGCUGCUCAGAGAAAUUUUUUGCGUGAACAAAGACGCGUUAAACGUGAGAAAAGUGAAAUGUGAGCAUAAUAUUUCUUUAGAAAUUUCUCUGCUAGUUUUUACAAUUAUUUAUUGGAAUACCCAAUUCCUUAAAAACUAUAAAUCAUUAUCUCAUCAUUCCAAUAUCAAUCAUAGCAAUUAAAUAGAAAUCGGUUCCCAGUUUUAGUAAAUGUAAAUAGCAAACGUAAACGUAAUGUUCAAUCAUUAAAUAAUUUCACGUAUUAAAUAUAGAAUGUAGAACAACCCGAAUACGGAAAAGAAAGUGGGACAAAGAAAAUCUUUUCUGCCCUUAUAAACUUGCUACAUUUGAAAACUUUUCUUAUUGUGCAUUACAUCUUUUAAUUUCUGUAAUUUUCUUGUCAUAUUUAUUAAGUUGCUGAAUAUCAUUUAACGCAUUUAGCUUUAUUUUCGAUUACCUAAAACAUUGAUAAUAGUAAUUAAUAAAAAAAAAUUA